GUGUCGCGAAUAUCAGAUAUUUUAGUAGUAUUUAUUAUUGAAAAUACAAACGUGCACAAUGGCAACGUUUAAGCCAAAAUUUUUAAAACCCGACACGGACGAUGCAAUUGCAGACACUGGCGGCGAUACGGAGCCCCAGAGUUCCGCAUUUGUGUUCAAUGCAAAUCAUAAUCUCGGCUUGGUUGAGCAGCGUGAGCGUUUGCCCAUUCGUCAAUACCGCGACCAAAUACUUUACUGCCUUGAGAACUAUCAGGUGCUAAUACUUGUGGGUGAGACGGGCAGCGGGAAGAGCACACAAGUGCCACAAUAUCUCUAUGAAUUUGGCUGGCAUACCAAGGGAAUGAUUGGCAUCACCGAACCACGACGUGUGUCCACAGUCACCUUGGCAAAUCGGGUGGCGCAGGAGCGUGGAGAGCUGGUGGGUGAUACCGUGGGAUAUGUGGUGCGCUUUCUUGAGCGCAUGUCCAACGAGACGCAGAUCAAAUUUAUGACAGAGGGAAUAUUGCUAAGAGAGCUGUUGGCCGACCCGUUGCUCACACAAUAUGGCGUCAUCAUCGUAGACGAAGCCCAUGAACGAAAUAUGCUAACAGACAUGGUGCUGGGCUUGCUUAAAAAAAUACUACGCAAGCGCAGCAAUUUAAAGAUAAUCAUAUCUUCAGCCACGAUCGAUGCAAGCUUCUUCAGCGAGUUCUUCAGCUGGCCCGGCUCCAAGGACAUUAGUGUCAAGCUCAGCAUUGAAGGACGCAUGCACGCUGUUAAUCACUAUUACCUAAACGAGCCAUGUGCGGAUUAUGUGCGCGAGACUGUGGAAACUGUUUGGAAGCUGCAUCAAAAGGAGCCACCGGGUGAUAUCUUGGCCUUUCUCACUGGGCAGGAGGAGGUGCUGGAGGCGCUCGACUUGCUCCGCGAGUAUAUUGCCAGCUCAGAGCUCAACAAUUUAAAGGUGCUGCCCAUGUAUGGCAGCAUGAGCAGCAAUGAUCAACUGGCGGUAUUCUUUACGCCAGCCAAAGGCGUUCGCAAAGUGGUGCUGGCCACCAACGUAGCCGAAACGUCCAUAACCAUACCAGGCAUUGUGUAUGUCAUUGACUGUGGCUAUGUCAAAGUCAAGUGGUACAAUCCUGACACCUGUAGCGAUAGUCUCGUUGUAGUGCCUGUAAGCAAAGCUUCCGCAGUGCAGCGAGCUGGACGUGCGGGCCGCAUGCGGCCCGGCAAGGUCUAUCGUCUCUAUACCAAGCAGGACUAUGAGGCUUUGGAGCCACGGCAGCCGCCUGAGCUACGACGCAGCGAACUCUGCGGCGCUGUGCUGCAGCUGAAGGCUCUCGGCAUAAGCAACAUUCUAAGAUUUGACUUUCCUUCACCCCCGCCUGCCAAGAACCUGCUCUCCGCACUGGAAACACUGUAUGCCUUGGAUGCCAUUGACGAGCAGGGACAGCUCACCAAGCCCGUCGGCUAUCUGCUUGCAGAGCUGCCCUUCAGUGCCAUGUUGUCCAAGAUGCUGUUCGUGUCCGGAAAACUCGGCUGUGCUGAGGAAAUUAUAACCAUUAUAGCCAUGCUCCAGGUGCAGUCCGUCUUCUCCAAUCCUGUGUCGGCUGUGGCACAACAAGGUGCACGCAUAGCGCAUCGCCACUUUGAGGUGGCCGAGGGCGAUCUUAUCACACUGCUUAACGUGCACAGCGCCUUUGUGGAGGACGGCAUGACCAAGGAGUUCUGCGGUCAGUACUAUCUCAUCUAUCGCCAUCUCAAACGCGCCUGUGAGCUCCGCGAGCAACUCCUAACGCUGGCGCGCAAGAAGUACGGCAUUCCCAUAUUCUCCUGCAAGGGCGAUGUGGAAAUGGUCUGCAAAUGUAUCACAGCCGGCUUCUUCACUCAAGUGGCCUAUCUGCAUCACUCGGGUGUCUACAGACAAAUUAGCAGCAGCACAGAACUGUCCGUACAUCCAACCUCCACGCUAUACACACUCCCACAUGCGCAGUAUGUGGUCUAUGGUGAACUGCUGCAGACCACGAAGCUGUUCAUGAACCAGGUCACAGUUAUAAAGAAAGAGUGGCUGACAGAGCUGGCGCCCCACUACUAUCAGCAGACCACAGUGAGGGAUUAGGGUGGAUAAUUAGCCGGAAGCUACGCGUCCGCGUCCUUGGAACAGCAUCAUUGACUCCGGACCGCGUAUAACUCGCGACAUCAUCUCCCAGCA